UUAACUGGAUUAGCCGUAGAUUUAAACUCUGAAAAUAAGCAGCGAUCCUGUCUGUGUCUCGGGUAUAAAAGGCUCACACAGCGUCUUCUCGCCACAGCUUACUGCAACAACUCUGCACUGAAAACAUCUUGUGGUUUCAUUCCACACUUCAGAAUGGAUUUCCAAAGCUUUGCUCUGGUGAUGAUGUUCCUGGCCUGCGUGGAGCACAGCCUGGCCUCCUGCGUGGUGGACAGCUUCACUGUCAAACAGGACUUUGACCCCAAAAGAUAUGCAGGAAAGUGGUAUGCUCUGCAGAAGAAAGACCCUGAGGGUUUGUUCCUGCAGGACAACAUCUCUGCCGAGUACACUGUUGGUGAUGAUGGCGCCAUGGUGGCCGCCACCAGAGGCAGAGUCACUCUUUUUGGGUUCUGGGUUGUCUGUGCUGACAUGGCUGCUCAGUACUCAGUCCCAGACCCUGGUAACCCUGGCAAGAUGUUUAUGGACUACCAGGGCCUGGCCAGCUACCUGUCCAGUGGCGGUGACAACUACUGGGUCAUUGAUACAGACUAUGACAACUAUGCCAUCACCUAUGCCUGCCGCACCCAGACUGAAGAUGGAACCUGCGAGGAUGGCUACGCCCUGGUCUUCUCCCGUAAUCCCCGCGGCCUCCCACCUGCCAUCCAGAGAGUGGUCCGCCAAAAGCAGGAGGAAAUUUGCAUGGCUGGACAGUUCCAGCCUGUGCUGCAGUCCGGAGCUUGCUAAAUGAGUGCAAGGCUGAAGCAGGUUGAGCAGCCCUACAUGAAUCCAGAUCCAUUAUCAAGUCCAAGACGGAGACUGCAGUCUCAUCAGGAGAAUAAUCCUGUCACAUUCCAACUAUCAGAUAAAUCCAAUCCAUAACCCUGUGAGAAAUUUACAACUGCUAAGAUGAACAUAUAAUGUAAAACCAAAUCCACUGGAAUCUAUUAGUGAUUGAGUGCAAAUGAUCAUGUAACGGUACCAUACUGUCACACUGAUGGGUAACAUCUGCACUGUGCCGUUCUGUGUCAGUGACAAUAAAUUUUGUAAAGAAA